AGCCGUACCUGAUACAUUUAAAAAACCUCCUGGAAGAUCACAUUUCCCUGCACCUUUAGAAAAUUUGUCUUUAGAAAUUUAUAAUUCGAAAAGUCGGCUUAGAUUAUUCCAUCUGUAAGUGAUUUCUUCGUGUUUUGGGGCUGUUUUGCCUUGAAAACUGUUCAAGUUGCAGAAAAUUUUGAAUUGCUUUCAUACUUUUCUUUUCGUUCUCCUUGAAUAUUCAUUUCCUGGUACAAAGUUAAUUGGAUUUUUCGUUCGAACUCGUGAUCUCCCACUGCCCAAAACGCGUUUUUAAAGGUCAAAGUUCAAAUUACGUAGGUGGACAAAUUCCGUCAGGUUUGACGGGAAAUUAGCCGUUUCCCACUAAAAUAGCAGCCUUUUCUGUGAAGAGGGUACGCGCUCAAAUAGUAUCUUCAGAAAAUCCUGUUGUAAUAAAUAAUGGGCAUUCAGAAUGACUUAAUGGGCCACGCGAAGUUUUGCUAAUAGGGGGUAGUGUUGUUUUUUUAGGACAUUUUGUAUGUGAAGCCAAUUUGUAGGUUACCUUUUGUCUGGUUGCUUUGGUUUGAUUAGGUUUUGAGUCAUAAUGAAUGCAUUUCAUGGUCCAUUCCACGGGCCUGAAUGCAUUGCUGGUUUUAUGUCACGUUCUGGGUCUGGGUGGGGUAUUUAUGUAGAUGUUGAUAUGUCUUUUCCCCAAAUUAAUGUGGUUACGUAAGAAAAACUUGGAGGAUCCGUCCCCCAAUACUACUUGCAUUUGAAGAAAUCUUUAUGCAAAGUGGUUUCUGUUUUGAAACCUAGUUGUAGGAAUUAGGCCUCAACAUUAUGUAUAUUCGCUAGAAGUUCAGACACAGUUCUGGAUCGAAUACCUCAGGGUUUCUGGUCGUUUUGUUCAACCUAUUUGGUUUUGUUUCUAAACACGAUCAGAUUUGGCAAUGAAAAAUGGGUUUUAUUCAGUCUUGAACUGUUGUUUGAGUUUCUAAUUUCUUCAAAUAUUUGUAAUAAAUUUCAUUUAUUUUUUCUUGCAUAGUUGGGGUUUUCGGAAAGUCAAAAUCUGAGGGUGCGUGCUGUCAUCUUACAUUGUGGGGAGGAGAAUGAUCUACUUGUGAUCCUUACGUUUACAACAAAGGGAGGCAGCAAAACAGGGUACUGUGUUCUUGGCUUCGUACUCUAGUUUGGGUUUAGCUUGUCAAAGAAUAUGGCAUCGGACAUCUUACACUGUGCUGGUCUGGAAGAAUUGAAUGGUUCUAUCGAUCCACCCCAUUUGCUUGCUCCGGGUUCAGAGGGCUGUGAACUUAAAAAUUAUGUGUGCACAACAGUAAAGUCGUUGGUGGAUGCUGUCAGCAGUGUCCAUGAGCUUUUAGAAUGUCCAGUAUGCAUGAACUCUAUGUACCCUCCCAUUCACCAGUGCCCAAAUGGUCAUACGUUAUGUCAUGUAUGUAAAGCAAGGGUCAAUAACCGGUGUCCAACCUGCAGGUAUGAACUUGGUAAUAUCAGAUGCUUGGCUCUUGAAAAGGUGGCGGCAUCUUUAGAGCUUCCAUGCAAGUAUCAGUGUUAUGGUUGCCAAGAGAUAUUUCCUUACUACAGUAAAUUAAAGCAUGAAGCUCAGUGCCCUCUGAGGCCAUACAACUGCCCAUAUGCAGGUUCUGAAUGUAAGGUAGUAGGUGAUAUACCAUCUCUGGUGGCUCAUUUGAGAGGAGAUCACAAAGUUGAUUUUCAUGAUGGUCCCACCUUCAAUCACCGAUAUGUAAAGUCAAAUCCACAUGAGGUUGAGAAUGCUACUUGGAUGCUAACGGUAUUUAAUUGUUUUGAGCAAUACUUCUGUCUACAUUUUGAAGCAUUUCAACUGGGCACAGCCCCUGUUUAUAUAGCCUUUUUGCGUUUUAUGGGAAACGAUAAUGAUGCUAAGAACUUUAGCUACAGCCUUGAGGUUGGAGGUAGUGGUCGGAAACUGACUUGGCAGGGAAUUCCUCGAAGCAUUAGAGACAGCCACAAAAAGGUUCGUGACAGUCAUGAUGGAUUAAUUAUACAACGAAAUUUGGCACUCUUUUUCUCAGGCAGCGAUAGAAAAGAAUUGAAACUUAGAUUAACAGGACGCAUAUGGAAAGAACAAUGAUCUUUUUGAACAUCUUCUGAUGAUGACAAGUAAGCAUCAUGCUCCGUUUGGUUUGUCUUCUGCCUCUGGCUACUGAGUCUUUUUGUAAAAUAUUGGAUCCCUUCAAGAAAUGAACUCUUAUUGCAAGGUCAUCAGCAGAUACAAGGAUGCUCUUUAGGAAGAAUCUGAAACUUGACUGCAAUGCAUGUCAUGUGAUUUUUCUGCAUGUACCAACUUCUAUAAUUGUCAAACAUUAUGUACUUUCAUUUAGUUGAAAGCUCAGCAUUUUGGCUUGUUAAAUGACAAUCAUCAAAAGUGCGUUAGUUGAUCUGUAAUUUGACAUUACCAAGUGGGGAGAGAAGUGCAUGCUGGUGACCUGGUGAGAAGAAGAAACCCGAAAUUGAAACAUUUUUUAUUAGAAUAUUCAAAACAAAUAAACUAUGAACCUUACGAGAA